GUAUUGUGUUUUCCAUGUCGGCAGUAUUCAAAUGCAUAAUUCAGCGGUAGAGUAGUGAGGCUGCUGAGGAUGCAGCAGCAUCACCGGGAUGCAGGAUGCAAGAACCUCCUCCUCCUCCUCCUCCUCCAUCUGAAAACUGGAGGAGCAUCUUCUCCCCGUGACGUCAUGACAGCAGCAUCAGCUGUUAGCUCUGCUUCAAGCCUUUUCGCUGCCGAUCGCUGCCUGCACGAAGGAAAUAUAUGAGAUCCCCUCUAGUCCCUGAAAUGGCGACACAGGAGGUACAGCUGAAUGAGACUCUGUCCCAUCUCAAAACGGAGUCGGAGACGCUGAAGACGAAGCUGGAGGAGGAGAGAGCGAAGCUGCACGACGUCGAGCUACAUCAAGUGGCAGAGAAGGUGGAUGGAUUGGGUCAGUUUGUCAUGAAGACCAGAAGAACUCUGAAGGGACAUGGCAACAAAGUUCUGUGUAUGGACUGGUGUAAGGACAAGAGGAGGAUCGUCAGCUCCUCACAGGAUGGAAAAGUGAUUGUAUGGGAUGCUUUCACCACCAACAAGGAGCACGCUGUGACAAUGCCUUGCACCUGGGUGAUGGCCUGCGCCUACGCCCCCUCCGGCUGUGCUGUAGCUUGUGGGGGCCUGGAUAAUAAAUGCUCGGUGUAUCCUCUCUCUCUGGACAAGAAUGAGAACUUGGCUGCCAAGAAGAAGUCAGUGGCCAUGCACACAAACUACCUGUCAGCCUGCAGCUUCACCAACUCAGAUAUGCAGAUCCUGACGUCCAGUGGGGAUGGAACAUGUGCAUUAUGGGAUGUUGAGAGUGGGCAGCUGUUGCAGAGUUUCCAUGGACACGCAGCAGACGUGCUCUGUCUGGACCUGGCCCCCUCUGAGACUGGAAACACGUUUGUUUCAGGGGGCUGUGAUAAGAAGGCCAAUGUGUGGGACAUGCGUUCAGGACAGUGUAUUCAGUCCUUUGAAACUCACGAAUCGGACAUAAAUAGCGUGCGAUACUAUCCCAGUGGAGAUGCAUUUGCGUCUGGCUCAGAUGACGCUACAUGCCGGCUGUAUGACUUAAGAGCAGAUAGAGAAGUGGCUAUUUAUUCCAAAGAGAGCAUCAUUUUUGGGGUCUCCAGUGUUGAUUUCUCUCUCAGUGGACGGUUACUGUUUGGCGGCUACAACGACUACACCAUAAAUGUUUGGGAUGUUCUCAAAGGAACACGGGUCUCUAUUCUGUUUGGACAUGAGAACCGUGUCAGUACACUGCGUGUUUCUCCAGAUGGGACCGCCUUCUGCUCAGGUUCCUGGGACCACACUCUUCGGGUCUGGGCUUAAUGAUGAAGACACAGAGGAUUAAAUGGUAGACAGACCUACUGAAGACGCACCAUAAGGUUUCUGUUUGCUAGAGUACAAUCACAGAGAUAGAGACUCAGUUUUGGUUGUACAUAGGGCAUAUCAAUAGCAUUGUAUAUACUCCAGUCUCAUGGCCACGGUAGAUUUACAUAUUUCAGAGAGUAAUUAAACCAAAUGGCACGCUUGUAUUACAGUAUGGUUGAAAGAAAAUUGCACAGAGGUACUUAUGGUUACAACUUAUGAUGUAAAAUGUAUAUUGCAGAACAAACAUUGGUAGUGACUAGCAUCAGUCUAGGAUAGAAGUGACACAAUAAAGUGAUGUGUUGUAUGAGCCCACAUAAAGGACAUUACUUGUUCAUUUAUUUGUUGUUGUUUUUUUUGCACAAAAAAUAAUGGAAGUGCAGACUGAAGAAGAAAAUAGGAUACUAGAAGCAAAAUACUUCUGCAGAGGACGCAGUAAAGUUUUAUGAAGGUCUCAGCUUCACAAUUAAUCAAUAAUGGAUAGUUUGAAGCCAUAUGAUGGAGCAUUGGCAUAAAUAUUAAUGAACAAAAGUACAACUUUGUAGUUUAUGAGGAUGAGAUAUGACAGACAUGGAUUUAAUUACAUAUCCUGCGCACCCAAGCCUUGACAGCAACUCACCUGCCAAUAUUAUUCUAAUGCAAAAAGAAGCACAUAUUUAAAGGUAAAUCUAAAAUAUAUGAUGUAGAUUUCCCCUCCCAAUGAUUUGAAAAGAUGGUUUACCUCUCAUUUGUCUGUUUCCAGCAGUGGAAGCCACUUACUGCUCUAUGUGCUCACUGCAUCUGAAUCUGUGGUCCCUUACUAGAUAUAAAAAUACUAAUGCAUAUGAAUAAAAAAA